AUGUCAGAGAAGCAGGAGCAGCAAACGAGGACUCUGGAGGAGAGAAUAAGGGCGAUGGAGAUCAACAGAAGUCGGUCUAAUCUUUCGGAUGCUGAUCCCAAUGAACUCAGCCGAAGUCAAUUGGCCGCACGGCACGCGGUGUCGAAGGAGUUGCCUACGUUUUCGGGAAAUCCGGAAGAGUGGCCCCUCUUUAUCUCGACGUACGAGAGCAGUACACGGAUAUGUGGCUUCAGCGAUGAGGAAAACCUGCUUAGACUUCAGCGUAGUUUGAGGGGGAGAGCUCUCGAGACAGUUCGAAGCCGGCUGUUACAUCCAGCGGGACUUGAAGGCGUUAUCAAGACUUUGCGAUUGUUAUACGGCCGACCCGAGGUUAUCGUCAACACGCUAGUCGGCAAGAUUCGGGAAAUGCCAGCGCCGAAGACGGAGAAACUAGGAACUCUGAUCGACUUCGGUGUUGCAGUCCAGAACAUGUGUGCAACGAUCGUAACCUGUGGGUUGAACGACCAUCUAUGCAACAUAGCACUCCUUCAAGAACUUGUCGAGAGACUGCCACCAACUGUGAAGCUCGACUGGGCCAAACAUCGUCAGACGUUGAAGACAGUUACACUGGAAGACUUCAGCAAAUGGUUAGAGACACUAGUGGAAGCAGCGUGCGUCGUAACGAUUCCGUCGACAGUCGGUGUGUAUACUAGCAAGCCUGAAAGGCGCGUGAGGAAGGAGGAAGUUCAUGUUCACCUCCAAUCCAACUUUGAUCAGGCAUCGAUAGCAUCGACGACCUCUACGGUGAUCUCCAAGAAAACCGGAAAGCCGUGUGUGAUUUGCCAAGGAGAAUGUAGCAGCGUGGGGUCAUAUACCAGAAAACAGAAAACGCCCCAACAGUGCAAUACUCACGUCAGCUACGCUAGCAAAGUUCUCUUCCGCUACGUCCCAGUAAUCCUCCAUGGACGAGGCAAGUCCGUUCGUACCUUCGCUUUCUUGGACGAAGGCUCAUCAGCGACGCUAAUGGAGCACAGCUUGUUAAGAGAAUUGAAUCUCGACGGUGAACCGUAUACCUUGUGUCUAGGUUGGACGGGAGAUCAUCAACGACACGAAAUGAGUUCCGUGAUGCUAGCGAUGGAGAUUUCCGGAGUGCGUGAUACGGAAAUAUACCGGAUGCCGAAAGUGCACACGGUGGAGAGUCUUGCACUACCGCAGCAAACGUUGUCAAUGGCGGAGCUAGCAUUGGACUAUAACCACUUGGAAAACGUGCCAGCGGACUCCUAUUGUAACAUCCAGCCACGGAUACUCAUCGGAGUGGACAACUGUCGCUUGGGUUAUGCGUUAGACAGUAGAGAAGGCGGAAAAGUCGAACCGAUCGCUGCUAGAACCCGCUUAGGUUGGAUAGUGUUCGGACCAUGCUCUAAAGCUUCUCAACCAUCGACAAACUUCACGGCGCACCACAGCUUCCACGUGUGUCCGUGCUGCGAGCGGAGAGACGCAGCUCUUCACGGUCUCGUGAAAGCAUACAUGUCUCUGGACAGCACCGGAGUAACGAAUUCCGCCAAACCACUGUUAUCGAAGGACGACGAGCGAGCGGAACAGUUACUGAGAUCCUUAACGCGUGUGAAAGGGAAGCGAAUGGAAACCGGACUACUUUGGCGGUACGAUGAUGUUCGUCUCCCAGAUAGCAAAUCGAUGGCGAUGAGACGACUGGUCUGCUUGGAGAAGCGUAUGCAGCGGGACCCUGAACUAGCUGAAUCGGUGAAGCAGAAGCUUCGGGAUUACGAAAGAGCCGGGUACAUCGAGAAGCUAACGAAAUGUCAAUUGGCAGAGAAAUUUGAUCGGGUUUGGUAUCUCCCAAUCUUUCCGGUAGUUAUUCCUAACAAACCAAAAAAGAUGCGCUUAGUUUGGGAUGCAGCCGCUAAUGUCUCGGGCGUUUCGCUGAAUUCGUUCCUGCUAACAGGACCGGAUCAACUAACCUCUUUGGUAUCCGUACUACAGCGUUUUCGAGAGUUCCGCAUCGCCAUCACAGGUGACAUUCGAGAAAUGUUCCUCCAGAUCUUGAUGAACCGGCUCGAUCGACAGUGUUUGAGAUUCUUAUGGCGGAACGGAGAACAAGACCGCAGUCCAGAUGUCUACGUUACGAAAGUAAUGACCUUCGGAGCGACGUGCUCACCAAGCUGUGCGCAGUAUGUUAAAAACUACAAUGCGCAGCGGUUCCAGGAACAGUUCCCGAGGGCAGUCGAAGCGAUAGUGAACGAGCAGUACGUCGAUGACAUGCUUUCCAGUGUAGAAACAGAAGAAGAGGCGAUACAGCUAGCGAAAGAUGUCCGGCACGUCCACGCGGAAGCGGGGUUCGAGAUACGGAACUGGCUGUUGAACUCGAAUCGAGUAUUGCAGCAAUUGGAAGCAAAUCCCGGCGAAAAAAGUUUAAACCUGUCGAGUGAGAUGGCGACGAAGAAAGUUCUUGGCUUGUGGUGGUGUACUGCGACCGAUACGUUCACCUUCAAGAUAUCUCCGAGAAUCAACGCCGAACUACUGCAAGGUGGCAUCGUUCCAACGAAAAGACAAAUUCUAAGCACACUAAUGACGAUCUUCGAUCCACUGGGUCUACUGGCUCACUUCUUAAUGUUCCUGAAGAUAUUGCAGCAGGAAAUCUGGCGGAGUGGUGUAAGUUGGGACGAACCCAUCAAGAACGAGCAGUUUGAGAAAUGGCAGACAUGGUUACACGUCCUUCCGCAAGUGAAAUCUGUCAGCGUGCCAAGGUGUUACCGGAUGAAAACGAGCAUAAGUGAUCGGAAUGCGAUCCAGCUACAUGUGUUUGUGGAUGCGUCGGAGAACGGUUUUGCUGCAGUUGCCUAUCUGCGGUUCGAGGAAGACGGUGAAGUGGAUUGCGUUCUGAUCCGCGCGAAGACGAGAGUGGCUCCGCUGCGAUUCGUGUCGAUUCCCAGACUAGAACUACAAGCUGCAGUCAUCGGAGCCCGCCUAGCAAACGACGUUAUGGAGACACAUAAAUUGAAACCUGCGCAGCGAUUUUUCUGGACAGAUUCACGAAAUGUCCUCUGUUGGCUUAAUUCCGAUCACCGGAAAUAUAAUCCAUUCGUCGCGGUGCGGAUUAGCGAGAUGCUGGAGUUGACAGAGACAUCGGAAUGGAACUGGGUCCCAGCAAAGCUAAACAUCGCUGACGAGGCAACGAAAUGA